UCUGGUUGGAGCCUUGGAGUACAUGCGUGGUACCAAACACGGCCAUAAUCGCCACUCGGCUGGAGCCUGGAGGAGCGUUGGCGAGCGAGAUCCCAAUCCCAGUCCGUCCGACGCAAUGAUGGACCCCUCCUCCACCGCCCCCGCCCCCGCCCCGGCUGCUACCACCGGCAACGGUGACGGCGGCGGGCCUGCCGCCGCCGUAUCGGCGGCGGUCACCACGGCAUCCCGGCGGUUCCAGCACCUGCUGGACCGGUCCACUCCGCACGUGGGCCGGCGGUGGCUGGGCCUCGGGGCGGUGGUGGUGGUGUACGCGCUGCGCGCGUGGUUCGUCGGCGGCUACUACAUCGUGACCUAUGCGCUCGGUAUCUACCUCCUCAACCUCCUCAUCGCCUUUCUCUCGCCGCAAGUUGACCCCGAGGUAGCCGAGGUGCUCGGCGGGGAGCCCUCGCUCCCCACCCGCGCUUCGGACGAGUUCCGCCCCUUCGUUCGCCGCCUCCCUGAGUUCAAGUUCUGGUAUUCUAUUGUUAAAGCAUUCUGCAUUGCUUUUGUCAUGACGUUCUUCAGCAUAUUUAACGUGCCUGUGUUUUGGCCUAUCCUUCUCUUCUAUUGGGUGGUGUUGUUUACGGUCACAAUGAAGCGUCAGAUUCUUCAUAUGUUAAAAUACAGAUAUGUUCCAUUCACCUUCGGGAAACAGCGUUAUAAUGGGAAAAGGGCAGCUUCUGCGGAUGAUCUCACACUUCCCAAGGAUUAAAUACUUGGGAAUCUUGAGCUGUGUAAUGCUUAAGAGUUAGAAAUUGCUUACCGUGGCUGCACUCUGCCGGCAACUCCCCACAGUGGUCUGAACGUUGCAAAGCUAACAACAAGCAUUAAAACUCAUUGAAACCCUGGUAUCUUUACUAUGCUGAAAAAUAGGCCUAGUUGGCCUAACCUGGAUUUCAAUUUUCCGGUGAUGUUUUCCUGUAUUUGAGCUAAAUGAUUCUACAAUUUAUUAUUCCAUAUCUCCUUGUAUCAUAUAACAUGGAGAAGAUGGUCAAGAAUAUUGUAUACUUUUGUUAAAUCCUUUAUUCAACUUGGGAAACCCUCAACUUUCUAA